UCAAUCUCCACUCAGAUCCCAAGUACAUCUCUCAAUCGCCAUAUUGGGUACUGAGGUUCGUCCACAGUUCCUCUCACUACGGGACCAGACUGACAGAGGCUUCAGUUCCUGGGCACUUUGUUUUGAUGAACCGUGGAGACUACUUUCGGCUUGAAAACACCGCGACCGUUACCGUUUCCAGCCCGACGAAUGCAUGGCAUAAGUCGUUUUACGCUUGUUUUGGAGCCUGUUCAACCGACGAGGAGAUACCCGUUGUUUUUGAGUGUGUUGUGAAAACUGUACGGCUGUUUGUUAAAAAAAAAAAUAGUUUUUCUUUUGGGGGAAAAUGUCAGAUGUUCGACUAUCAAACGGGAGCCCGACGCUGGAGCGGACGGACUCCCGGGUGUCGGAUCACCCGAAACCGUCCGCCUGCAGAAGCCUCUUCGGCUCGCUGGAUCACGAAGAGUUAAAGAGGGAUUUAAAGGGACACUUGCGGGAGAUGGAAGAGGCUGCCACCGCCAAGUGGGGCUUCGACUUCUCUAAUCACACGCCGCUGUCUCACGGCAGGCUUGAGUGGGAGGUAGUGGAUAGCAGAGACGUGCCGAGUUUCUACAACCGGCAGCCGCGGAGGGAGAAGAGCGUCUGCUCCGCCGGGAAUAAUGUGGAUCUAAACGGGAACCAUCACUGUGUUGUGGUGCCCGAAGACACGGACAGGGCGGACGGGCAGAUGGAGUGCACGGAGCAGUGCACCGGGCUGAGGAAAAGACCUGCAUGCCACGAGCCCUCGGCCCAGAAUAAGAGGUCACACAGCAGCUCAGAGGAGGUUACUUGUCCAAGUCUGAGCCACUCGACAGAAAAAACACCCAGAAAAACCAGUCCCAAGAGGCAAACGUGAAGACCAGAAACGAGCCGAAGAUGUAUUCCCCCUUUGUACGUGGGAAACCUCAGUGUUGGCCGACUUUGGAAGAGGAACUACACAGCAUCAGAAACAUAUCAGCUCUCCAGAAGACGGGGGAGGACGCUGUUGAAGCACUGAAUAGAAACACUAAAGUUGUGGCACUCAAUUAAAAAAGUUACUGCCUCUAAAAGCAGUCAAUGUAGCAGUGUGCAAUUAGGUUUGAUUUCCUUUUUUGCUCCUUUUUUUUUUACUACCUGUGUGUAAAUAAAUAUACAUAUUAUAUUAUAUUUCUCUCCAUAUGUAGCACAUACGAAAACAUGAUUUGAACACAAAUCCUUUAUGUAAAAAGGUGUGAAUUUUGAUUUGACUUGAAGAAUUGCAGUGUAGUUUGAUAACGUGUUUCCAAAAUGCUGUUAUAAUUUUUUUGUUAUUUUAUUUUCUGAAAAGCAGUGUGACUUGGACAAAGUCCCUAAUUGCUACAACUUAAAGAAAAUCAUGGAUUCUUACAGUUUCUUAACAGUGUAUCUUCACUCCGUCAUCUUCCUAACUCAGCUGUGAAGAACGGUACAAAUGUAGCUCAUCUGUUUUUUAUUUGUCCUCACUUCAGUGUCACGUAGUGCAGAGUCUCAUAGUAUCCAUUGCCCCUGGAAAACAACACAGGAAAAAAAAUGUAACACGUCUUAGGACUUCCUUUUGAUAACCCCAUUAUUUAUUUUGUGAACGGUGCUUUUAGCAUCAGUUAAAUCCUGGAAUAUGACCUAUUUUUCUCCUGCAAACCUCAGCCACAUUGUAAUGGUGUUUGAUUUAUUGAGGUACUCAGAUAUUGAAGGACAAAGACCGUACCGAGAGGAGGACUUUACAACACAAGCUGUGCACACUGCACAGCUUGUGUUGUAAAGUCAUCCUCUCCCCAACAAUAUAUUUGACUCUUGCAUCAGCCUUAAUGCUCUUCAGAGAGGAGGUUUGAAUGUCCUACAAUACCAAAUACAUGGUUGCUUCAGCAUGGUUAGUACAGCCUGUGCGCCUUAAUCGACUUCACAUUUUUUUGUGAUAACUUUUACUUAAAUUUUCAUUUGUAAUUAUUUCACCAAUGUUGUUAGCCUGCUGAGGAUGCAAAUGUGAGUGUCUAAAAGCUUCCCUUAUUUGCCUAAAGUGUGGGUUAUAUUCAAAGAGACCAGUGUACACAGCUCGUAUCUGAAAUACAGUCACCAUGCCUGUGUAUUUGUGUAAAUCUUUGCAAUGUACCUUUGUACAUAAUUUUGUAAAAACACUGAGAAAUUAUACUAACUUAUUUAUGUCAAGCUUUUUUUAUGUAGAAUAAAAAUGGGUUUUUGAUUACGGUUAUCCAAAGUGGCAUUUACUUUAUUAUAUUUGUCUUUUUUGUAAAAGCAUAUUUUUGGUAGUUUUGUUUUCUUAUCAACAAGGUUGCAAACUGAGCCUGAUAAAAUAUUUGAUGUGCAUUUUGUAAUGUGGUUAUAAAGUGUUGCAAUCAAUUAAAAGAGAAAAUUAAAUCUGA